AUGUCGUCUUCGAUAAACAUCCCUAGGCGGAGGAAGCAAUCGGCGUCCGGGUUGGCUAUGGACCCGGCGUCUGCGUCUUCUGGCCUUGCGAACUCCUCGAGCUCUAGCUAUGGCGGCUUCACAGGCAAAGGAAAGAGCCCGGUUGCGAGCUCAGCAGCACCAGAACCGAGCAGCUUUAGUGGGAGGGAGAGGAGGGUCAGCCUUCUGGGCUCCUCCCUCUCUAAGGCUGAGCACAUCGUCGUCAAUGUCGGAAGCCCGGAGCAAGUGCGGUUGAUCACUUGCGUAAAGUCCUCCCAAGGCUUCGAAUGGAGCUCGGACAUCUUCCUCCCGUCCUACGCCAACGACCGUGACUCCCGCGAUCUCGAGCGCAGGCAAGACCCUGUCGAGGAUAUAAUUGUUACCGAUGAGGAGAUUGCAGAGAUGUUUCCGCAGUAG